GACAGAGAGAGAGAGAGAGAAAAUUCAAAAGGAGUACGCGUUCCUUCAUGGACUUUUUCUUUUUUGGUGAAAACUUCAUGGACUUUUUCAAGACUUAAAUAGCACUUCUGUAUUAUCAUUUUAUUAUUAAUCUUAUCCUACGCUCUCUCACAAGCCCCCACUUUUCAAGUUCAAACUCCCUUAACCUACGCACCUCUCAUCCUUCUCUCUCUCUCAACUCUGUCAAGAAGACAACCUGGUCUUUCUCCGAGCUCCUGAGGUCUUGGAAGUGUUUUCAUUUGAAGAGAUUGUUCACAGUUUGACAUAGAAAGGCGUCCUUGGUGUCUCUUUCAGUUAUGACUUGUUUUUCUUUCUUAUUCGGUAGGAGGAAAUCACCAAGAAAAGGAAGCCUUGAUGUUGAUGAUGAAUUUUCAAGCAUUCACAAUGUAAAGCUUUACACUUACAAAGAAUUGAGAACUGCCACAGAAGAUUUUAUUCCAGUCAAUAAAAUUGGGGAGGGUGGUUUUGGUUGUGUCUAUAAGGGACGGCUUAAAGAUGGGAAGAUUGCUGCUAUAAAAGUUCUUUCAGCUGAAUCAAAACAGGGAGUGAAGGAGUUCUUGACAGAGAUUAAUGUGAUCUCAGAAAUAAAGCAUGACAAUUUGGUUGAGCUCUAUGGCUGUUGUGUGGAAGAAGAUCACAGAAUUUUGGUCUACAACUAUCUUGAAAAUAAUAGCCUCGCACAAACUCUCAUUGGUGGAAGUCAAAGCAAUAUCUACUUUAAUUGGCGAACAAGGUCUAAAAUUUGCAUUGGUAUUGCACGCGGGCUUGCCUUCCUUCACGAAGAGGUACGACCACAUAUUGUUCACAGAGAUAUCAAAGCAAGCAAUAUUCUCCUUGACAAAGACUUGACACCCAAGAUUUCAGAUUUUGGGCUUGCAAAGCUUAUCCCAUCGAAUGUGACUCACGUUAGCACACGUGUGGCAGGAACGAUAGGUUAUCUAGCACCUGAAUAUGCGAUAAGGGGACAAUUAACGCGGAAAGCAGAUAUUUACAGUUUUGGUGUCCUCCUUGUGGAAAUAGUCAGCGGGAGAUGUAACACAAACACAAGAUUACCUAUUGAAGAGCAGUAUCUCCUAGAAAGGACGUGGGAACUUUAUGAACGACGAGAGUUGGUUGGACUGGUAGACACAGCACUUGACGGUGAUUUUGAUGCUGAGGAGGCUUGUAAAUUUCUAAAGAUUGGUCUUCUCUGCACACAAGAUGCUCCAAAACUCCGGCCAUCCAUGUCAACUGUGGUCAAGAUGUUAACUGGUAAGCUAGAUUUGGAUGACAAUAAUAUAACAAAGCCAGGCUUAAUUUCCGAUUUCAUGGACCUCAAAGUGCGUGGUGCCCAGAAAAAGCCUGACGCAACCAUUACUUCUAAUGCAUCCUCUGGAUCAGACAACCAAGACAAUUCAGCCUUGUUAUCAGGAAACACAAGUGCCGGAACUUUCACCUUUACUACAUUAUAUGACCGGAGCAUUUAAACAUCAACAUGAAAAAUUAUUCAAUUAAAAUUUAAUCAAUUCUAUUUAUAGGUUUUUGAGGCAUGUUGUCUUGUAUAAAGUCUUUUAGCUUGGUUCUCUCCAACCCUUUUCAUGUCAGACCUUUAGCCAAAGGUGCUCUUGUACAAAGUGGGCAGGUUUGAUAGUUUAAGAAAAUUUUCCAGUGGGUGCUGA